UGGGAAGAGAACGUCUGCCGGACGGCGCAGACCAGUCUGCUGCAGGGCAAGCGGUUCUACUGCCGCGAGUGGGCCUUCCACAAGCUUCAGCACUGCCUCCAGGAGAAAGCCGGCUGCUGCAGCGGCGCCGCCCCCGCCCCGGCCCUGCUGCCGGAUUCCGGGGACAACGCGGGCGCCGCCCCGGCAAGGGGAGCUUCGUGGGGCGUGCUGCUGGUGGGGGGGCCUGGCAGCGGCAAGACCGCCCUGUGCACGGAGCUCUUGUGGCCAAGCUCGCCCGCAGGCCUGCAGAGAGGGCUGCAUCGCCAAGCGCUGGCCUUCCACUUCUGCACAGCCCAGGACUCGGACACGCUGUGCGUGGGGGCGUUCGUCCGCGGGCUGGUGGCCCAGAUCUGCCGCAGCGGACUGCUCCAGGGCUACGAGGACAGGCUGAGGGAGCCGGCCGCGCAGAGCCUGCUGCGGCCCGGGGAGUGCGAGAGGAACCCCGCCGAGGCCUUUAAGAGGUGCGUGCUGCUGCCUCUCCUGGGAGUGAAGCCGCCCCAGCAAAGCCUGUACCUGCUCGUGGACUCCGUGGACGAGGGCUGCAGCAUCGCUGAAGGAGAGCAGGGGUCCAGCAGCCUGGCGGGGACGGUCGCGGAGCUGCUGGCCGGGCACCACGAAUUCUUUCCUCCCUGGCUGCUGCUGCUCUGCUCCGCCCGAAAGCAGAGCAGGGCUGUGACCAAGAUGUUCACGGGUUUCCGGAAAAUAAGUCUAGACGACCUUCGGAAGGCGUAUAUCGUCAAGGAUGUGCAGCAGUAUAUUCUCCAUCGCUUAGAUCAGGAAGAAGCUUUGCGACAACAUCUCACAAAAGAAACUGCUGAGAUGCUCAAUCAGCUGCACAUUAAGAGCAGCGGAUGCUUUCUUUACCUGGAGCGAGUUCUGGACGGUGUUGUAGAGAACUUCAUCAUGUUGCGAGAGAUCCGUGACAUCCCGGGAACGCUGAAUGGCCUGUACCUCUGGCUGUGCCAGAGACUUUUUGUGAGAAAACAGUUUGCCAAGGUUCAGCCUGUUCUGAACGUGAUUCUUGCGGCCUGCCGGCCUUUGACCGUAACGGAGCUGUACCAUGCGGUGUGGACCAAAAACAUGUCACUGAGCUUGGAGGACUUCCAGCGCAAGUUAGACGUCCUCUCCAAACUUCUUGUGGAUGGGCUGGGGGACACGAAAAUCCUGUUCCACUACAGCUUUGCAGAGUGGCUUCUGGACGUGAAGCACUGCACGCAGAAGUACUUAUGUAACGCGGCCGAGGGCCACCGGAUGCUGGCCAUGAGCUACACCUGCCAGGCCAAGGACCUGACGCCCUGGGAAGCACAAGAGUUUGCCUUGCAUCUCAUCAGCUCGAACCUGCAGCUGGAGACGGCUGAGCUGGCCCUGUGGAUGAUAUGGAACGGCACCCCCGUCAGAGACUCUCUGUCCACGUCGAUACCCAAGGAGCAGGAAGUGCUGCAGCUGCUGGUGAAAGCCGGCGCUCACGUCGACAGCGAAGACGACCGCACGUCGGGCAUCGUCCGCCAGGCCCUGGAGAGGGAGGAUUCCAUCCGGACGCUGCUGGACAAUGGCGCGGCCGUGAACCAGUGCGAUGCCAGCGGGAGAACCCUGCUGGCCAGUGCGGCGUACAGUGGCAGCCUCGACGUCGUGAACCUGCUGGUCUCCAGGGGUGCAGACUCGGAGAUCGAGGAUGCCCACGGACACACCCCCCUCACCCUCGCGGCCAGGCAGGGGCACACCAAGGUGGUCAACUGCUUGAUCGGGUGCGGAGCCGAUAUCAACCACACGGACCACGAUGGCUGGACCGCCCUGCGGUCCGCCGCCUGGGGGGGCCACACCGAGGUCGUGUCCGCACUGCUGUACGCCGGCGUCAAAGUGGACUGUGCAGACGCGGACAGCCGCACGGCCUUGCGGGCCGCGGCGUGGGGUGGCCACGAGGACAUCGUGCUGAACCUGCUGCAGCACGGCGCCGAGGUGAACAAGGCCGACAAUGAGGGCAGGACCGCCCUGAUCGCAGCCGCCUACAUGGGGCACCGCGAGAUCGUGGGGCACCUGCUGGACCACGGCGCCGAGGUGAACCACGAGGACGUGGACGGCAGGACCGCGCUCUCCGUGGCUGCGCUCUGCGUGCCGGCCAGCAAAGGGCAUGCGUCGGUCGUCGGCCUCCUGGUCGACCGGGGGGCCGAGGUGGACCACUGCGACAAGGACGGCAUGACGCCGCUGCUGGUGGCCGCCUACGAGGGGCACGUGGACGUGGUGGACCUGCUCCUGGAGGGCGGCGCCGACGUGGACCACACGGACCACAACGGCCGCACCCCGCUCCUGGCGGCCGCGUCCAUGGGCCACGCCUCGGUGGUGAACACGCUGCUGUUCUGGGGCGCCGCCGUGGACAGCAUCGACAGCGAGGGCCGCACGGUCCUCAGCAUCGCGUCGGCGCAAGGCAACGUCGAGGUGGUCCGCACCCUGCUGGACAGAGGGCUGGACGAGAACCACAGGGACGACGCCGGCUGGACGCCCCUGCACAUGGCAGCCUUCGAGGGGCACCGGCUGAUCUGCGAGGCGCUCAUCGAGCAGGGCGCCCGGACCAACGAGACGGACAACGACGGCCGCAUCCCCUUCGUGCUGGCCGCCCAGGAGGGCCACUACGACUGCGUGCAGGUCCUGCUGGAGAGCAAGUCCAGCGUCGACCAGCGGGGCUACGACGGCCGGAACGCCCUGCGGGUGGCCGCGCUGGAGGGCCACCGGGACAUCGUGGAGCUGCUGCUGAGCCACGGCGCGGACGUGGACUGCAGGGACGCCGACGGCAGGCCCACGCUCUACAUCCUGGCCCUGGAGAACCAGCUGGCCAUGGCGGAGCUCCUGCUGGAGAGCGGGGCCGACGUGGAGGCCGGCGACGCCGAGGGCCGCACGGCCCUGCACGUGUCCUGCUGGCAAGGCCACGUGGAGAUGGUGCGGGUGCUGGUGGCCUGCCACGCCGACGUCAACGCGGCCGACAACGAGAAGCGCUCGGCGCUGCAGUCGGCGGCCUGGCAGGGCCACGUGAAGGUGGUGCGGCUCCUGGUGGAGCACGGCGCGGCGGUGGACCACACGUGCAACCAGGGCGCCACGGCGCUGUGCAUCGCGGCCCAGGAGGGGCACCUGGACGUGGUGCAGGUGCUGCUGGAGCACGGCGCCGACCCCAACCACGCCGACCAGUUCGGGCGCACGGCCAUGCGCGUGGCCGCCAAGAACGGGCACGCCCAGAUCAUCACGCUGCUGGAGCAGUACGGCGCGGCCAGCCUGAACGGCUGGAGCGGGCACGGGGCGGGCCGUUGGAGCGAAGCCGGCCCGGCGGGAGCCCGCGUGGCCGGUGUGCUCGCAAGCCCUCGCGUGAGGUGGGCGGGCACGGGAAGGCCCCGGGGGCAAGUCACUAACGCCGCGGGCAGCCUCGCACGGCAGCGCCAGCUGGACCGCCGUCUCCUACUCUGUGAAGCAGAAGACGUUGUGCCUGGAGUGGUCCUUCCGCUGCUGGACGGAAACUUCAACUGCCUGUUGAUUGGCCGGGGGCAGAAAACGAAGACCGUGCGGUCCGCAGCGCAGUCGCCUUCAUUACUCUGUUUCCGUUGUGUAAAUGACUGCAUGGCCAGAAUAGCCCCGCUCAGAAUCAACUGGGUGGAUUUCCUGGUGUCGCUCGUCCACACGCUCUUUCCUGGCUACUUCUCGGACAGUCGCGUGCAAGAGGGCCGGACGCCAGGGCGAAGGGCGGCGUCUGUGACCGAGGGAGGUGACGGUUCGGAUGGGCCUGUGACCGCAGCCUCAACCUCCUGGGUGUGGACGUGGCCUGAGCCAGUGGGCCAGCUCGGAUGGGACAUGCGUGUGUCUGGGAAGACACUUGAAACAGUUGGUGGGAAGGAACUUCCUGGGAAAAUAUCCUUUUCAAAGGCAGGCGUUCCUCUGGUGGUUUUAUGUAAAUCCUCUUGGGAAGAGAACAAGGGCUCUCGUCUCAGCGAUGGCGACGGACCAUCCCGCCGCGGGGCUCUGGCCUUGUCCUCGUCCGUCCCCUCGGUGGUCUCUCCAUCAGCGGCCACCCAUUACCUUUUCCAAAACCCGCUCUGCCGUGGCUCCUCCUCUCCUAAAACUGGAUGCAACUGCAGCAUGCACCAAGCUACUUACAGAGGCGGUCCUUCCAGAUGCUUCCUCCCCCGGGCCGCCAGCCCCGACCUGACAGCACCGAGCCCUCUGCUCAGGUCCCCGCAGGAAGACUCGCCCCUGCUGGAACUCAGAGGGGAUAGCCAAGCUGUACGGAGGCAGAAACACUUAGCGGCCCUGUGGGACGCCGACCGCCCAGAAUGCGGGCUGGUUGGGUCAGAAUUCUUUGGCCCCAGCCUCCAGUCGGACUUUGCAUGUGCCGUGCUGGGCAUCAGAGCUAAGGCACCCAGAGCCCAGGAAACCCUCGAUCCUGUGAAGGGGUCGCUAGCAAACUCGCCCCAACUUGGCCCUGGAGAGAGCCUGAGCCACAAAGAGAUGUCCCUCUGCCCUGGAAGCAGACACUAA